AUGGUCUUAUCUCGCUCGGGUGAUUUCUUCCACUCGCCAGCCCCUCAUCUUCACGUAGUGUCUCGUCGGACUUUGAUCGCCCGUUUGCAGCUUGAGCCCCAAUGUGAACUCAACACUUUCGAGUGGAACACUGAUGCGAGAUGCUCGUCUUUUCCCAACGACCUUUCUAUCCAGAGCGCAACCGGCGCACACUACGGGACCAAGACAGCCGAUAACACCGGGUCGAUAAGAACAUGGGUCCGGCCAACGGGUAGCUAUCUCCUGCGGGGAACAGCCGGUCCUCCACUUCCAGACUCCAAGCAGUCGCCGCCUUUACCCGGCGCACCAUGCCAGUUUGCACAACGAUGCAUAAUCCCUCCCAACAGACCAAAUGAGGAAGCUCCCAAAAGACCAACACUGGACCGCGUGUCUUUAUCGUCGUCUUCAUCCAAAUUCAUUCACGUUUGCGGAUCAGCGAGCGCAUCACCCAUUCAUCCAAUCUCACGAAGAAAGACCCCAACCACAACCAAAAUGGCCAAGCAAAAAUCAACGCCAGCCGCCUCGCCCGCCGCAGGAGCGCAAGUAGAUGAGGCAUCGCAAACCUCGCAGACCUCGCAGCAGGCGCAGGUCGCGGAAACAUCGCCGGCGGAGAGGAUACUAGCGCUUCUCAUGCCCCCUCCUUGGGCGCGCCGCCUUAUAUUUGUCGCCCUAAUCUUCUACAUCACCCCGUUCCUGCUCACGCACUGGAUCGAGACAGAUGCCGGGUUAGGUUGCUGGGGUUCAUGGAAGUGGGUUGAAGAGCUCUGCGCAGAGUUCACAAAGUACAUUAGAAACACCAAGACACCUAUAUUUGAGCGAGAUUUCAUGUACCUCGCAAUAGCUUCGAUUCAUGAGCGUAUUCGUUCUCCUCUUCUUCCAGACAAGCAUAACACAGCGAAUACGCUAGCUGGAAUAGGCAACUUGCAUCGCACGGCAUCCGCGGCCUCGGUACAGAUAACAUCAAUCGAAACCCGGCCGGUGGUCGGAGACACGCCGCCGUUCGGAACCGUCUCUUCAGACGGCCCUCACUACGCAACCUCCUCUCGCCGGAACUCACUCACUCACCUACCUCACUCCCAUCAGGAACAGGGCCCUUCAAUCACCGGCUUGAUCGACCUCAUACUCAUCAGCUACAGUGAAACUCACAUCAACUCUUUCAAAAUGGAUACAUCAGAAGACGACUUCGUUCUCGUCUCCCACGCAGACACCCACCCCACAUGCACCUCAACCUCACCUUGCUCAUUAGCCCCAGCCUCAUCCUCCCCAUCCUCCUCAUCACCACCACCACCGCCUUUCCUCGAUGAAAUCUCCUCCAUCGUAACAGACCUCGCCGACGCACUAUGGCCCGUCGACAAAACCAUCCACGAUAACCCGGAACUCGGCUACCGCGAGUUCAUUGCCCACGAUACCCUAGUGGCCUUCAUGCGCACCCAGCCGGGAUGGAAAGUCACCCCCUCAGCCUACGGCAUGAAAACCGCCUGGGUUGCCGUCUGGGAAAGCGGAAAGAAGGGACCAGUUGUGUCGUUUAAUGUCGAGAUGGACUGCCUCCCAGGAAUAGGCCACGCCUGCGGCCACAACCUAAUAGCAACAGCCUCCCUAACAGGAGCCCUCGCAACCUCAACCCUCCUCGCCCGCCACGCCCUCCCCGGCAAACUCAUCCUCUACGGCACCCCCGCAGAAGAAGGCGGCGGCGGCAAAAUCGCCCUCCUCAAAGCCGGCGCCUACAACCCCUCCACCUGUCCCGGCACCGGCUCCCCCUCCCGCGCACCAGACAUCAACCUCAUCUCCCACCCGGGCAUCGUCACCUCCACAGCCCUGAUGCGCACCUCGGCCUACACCUCCCUCCGCCUCGAAUAUUUCGGCCGCGAGGCCCACGCCGCAGCGAACCCGUGGCUCGGCAUCAACGCGCUCGACGCGCUGGUGGUGGCGUAUACCUCGAUUUCCGUGCUGAGACAGCAGACGAGGCCGGGGGACGUGAUCCAGUGCAAUAUCUCCGACGGCGGCGCGCGGCCAAACAUCAUCCACGCGUACGCGGCGGCGAACUUCGUGGUGAGGUCGGAUACGCAGCCGCGGCUCUCCGAGCUUUUGAAAAAGGUGCAGAGAUGCUUCGCUGCGGGGGCGGAGGCCACGGGGGCGACGUUCAAAGUCACAUUUACGGGGGCGUAUAAAGAUCAUGUGCCGAAUCGUGUGCUGGGGCGUUCGUAUACGCGAUACUUCAACGCGUUGCUGGGCUCUGGCGGCGACGGAGACGGUGACGACGACGCUCCGAUCCCGACGGACGAAGACGUGGAUGAGAUUCGCGGGCGGACGAUGGCGAGUACGGAUCAGGGGGAUAUCAGCUACGCCAUGCCCUCCCUCAGCGUCGGCUUCGCGAUUCCGCCUGGGAAGGGAGGUCAGGGCCCGCAUAGCCCAGAGUUUGCGGAGGCGGCGGGGACGAAGGUUGCGUUUGAGAGGAGUUUGCGCGUUGGAAAGGGGCUGGCUGGUGUUGCGGUUGAGGUUUUGACCAAGGAGGGUAUGGUGGACGAGGUGAAGGCUGCUUGGAGGAGGGAUAUGGGGGGCUGUAGAGGCCCCGGUUACAUGGUGAAGACUCCCAUCUAUUUCGGGGUCCAUGUUCGAACCCUCGAUCGCGAGAUUUGUAAGCAAGCUUCUGGAAACUUCCCCCCCGCAAAGCAUCAGCGCAUCUUCUUGUGUAUGGUAAAUGAUCAAGGUGAAGAAAUCAUGAUUGUACAAGGUCCUAUCAAGACACCCCAAUAUCAAAACAUAUCUCAUAGUCAUACCAACUGCUUCUCUUCCUCCAUCCCUCCCAUUCCUGGGUAG